AUGGGCUCAUUCUGCGAGCAAUCAGCUGCUUGUCAGCCACAACCGCACGAGCCUACAGAUAUCAAGAAGACAUCAUUUGAUAGUGUCAUUCGACGUGAAGGUGGUGGAGGACUUACUAAUGCUAUAGAAGACAAUAAUAGUGCUAAUUUGCCCCUGACUGACUCCCCGGCAACCGCCCUGAACCUGCCUGAAUCACAACGACGACGAAUUGAAGAUACACGUACCCCAACUUCGCAGCAGGCAUUCGAUUCUAAAGCAUCAAAUCAUUCCUUCGAGGAACGCCGUGGCUCAGCCAGCAUGCUAAUAUUUGAUGAUGACGGAGAAGGCGGUGAUGAGGAACCCUAUAUUGCCAAAUCAUUCGAGAGAACCACUUCGCCAACCAGUGCAGCACAUAGAAGCCGAGAUGAUACUGAAAUCAGGAGUGAUGGCAAUAGUGUCAGAGAUGCUGAGAAAGAUGGAGAGCUUCCGUUUGCGAAAAUGCACAAAUUCUCGCUCUACGAAACAGCUACAAGAUAUUACUUGGUCGGGAUGGAUCUCCUAGACCGACGUUUUCGGAUGCUGAAGAUCGAUCGUACCUCAGACCCAGAUGAAGAUCUUGUCAUUGCAGAAGAUGAAACUAUAUAUUCGAAGAAGGAGAUGAAUCAACUCCUCGAUGCUGUAGAUGAUGGCAAUAAAAUCUCCGGCGGAUUGAAGCUACGCUGCAGCACAUGGGGCCUUCUAGGUUUUAUACGUUUUACAGGCUCCUACUAUAUGCUCUUGAUUACCAAACGAAGCCAGGUUGCCAUGCUUGGGGGACAUUAUAUUUAUCAAAUAGACGGAACUGAGCUUAUACCCUUGGAUUCCCCGGCCACAACAAAACAACGGCCUGAAAAGCAUGCAGACGAGGCUAGGUUCAUUGCGGUCAUGAAUAACAUUGACUUAACACGGUCAUUCUAUUUCAGUUACUCGUAUAACAUCUCCCGAACGCUACAAGACAAUAUUGUUUCAGAGCGACAAGCUAUUAGGAAUGGUCAACGUAGCUACGAAAAUCAGAACCAUAAUUCUAUGUUCGUCUGGAACCAAUAUUUUCUUAACCCUGCCAUCAAGUUGCUCAAAAACGUAUAUGAUUGGUUUCUGCCAAUUACCCACGGAUAUGUUGACCAGUCAGCUAUAUCAAUAUAUGGAAGGCUUGUAUACCUGACUCUCAUUGCUCGCCGAUCCAGGUUUUUCGCUGGUGCACGCUAUCUCAAACGUGGCGUGAAUGACCUUGGCUAUGUUGCAAAUGAUGUUGAAACCGAACAAAUUGUUUCUGAUAUGUUGACCACGUCAUUCCAUGCACCUGGGCCUGAGCUAUUUGCAAAUCCACAAUACACAUCUUACGUCCAGCACCGUGGGAGUAUCCCUUUAGCUUGGACACAAGAUAGUACCGGGGUUACUCCCAAGCCAGAUAUUUCGCUAAGCCUUGUUGACCCGUUUUACUCGGCAGCAGCUCUCCAUUUCAACAACCUCUUCGAAAGAUACGGUACCCCCGUCUAUGUCCUAAAUCUUAUUAAGGCAAGGGAAAAGAUUCCUCGUGAGUCGAAGCUAUUAACCGAGUACACCAAUGCUGUAAAUUAUUUGAAUCAAUUCCUUCCAGAUGGUAAGAAAAUCAUAUACCGUGCCUGGGAUAUGAGCAGGGCAUCGAAGAGUCGGGAUCAGGAUGUCAUCGGGACAUUGGAAUCAAUAGCAGAUGAUAUAAUACCAAAAACUGGAUUUUUCCGAAAUGGCGAGGACGAAGAAUCUGGACUACGCAUGCAAAAUGGAAUCGCAAGAACAAACUGUAUCGAUUGUCUCGAUCGAACAAAUGCGGCACAAUUUGUCAUUGCAAAACGUGCUUUAGGAUAUCAACUGCAAGCCCUUGGAAUAAUUGACCACACAUACAUAGAGUAUGACACUGAUGCUAUUAAUAUAUUCACAAAUAUGUGGCAUGGCCAUGGUGAUACCAUUGCAGUGCAGUAUGGCGGUUCCCAUCUUGUGAAUACAAUGGCCACAUAUCGGAAAUUAAACCAGUGGACAGGCCACUCCAGAGACAUGGUGGAGAGUUUUAAACGGUACUACAAUAAUUCUUUCCUUGAUGCUCAGAGACAAGAAGCAUACAAUUUAUUUUUAGGAAACUAUGUGUUUUCUGAAAAUAUUCCCAUGCUCUGGAACCUCACCACUGAUUAUUAUCUACAUCAUUCGGAUCCACGAGCGCGGCUCGCAACACACAAGCAAAAUUACAUACAUUGGUUUAAUGAAGAACAUCUUCAAAAGCGAGGAAUGCCACCCGCGCCUUCAGCUUCCUCAACUCUGGCAAGCAAACGUAUCCGGGAAUUCGAUGAUUAUUGGCUUGAGUAUUACAGACCGAGAGCAAUAUCGUCAUUUUCUAAAAUGUUCUCGUUCAAGAUGAGAACUAAACUCCCGGAUUAUCGGUUACAAUCUAUGCAUCCCGGAGAACACGACCUUAGCCCCUUUAUUGUUAGAACAGACCACGAACCGGAACACCAGCGUGACAGAAAGAAUCCGCCAAAUAAACGACUUACGAUUCAAGAACCUUCUGAUGAAUCAAAAGACCACAAAAGUGGACCAAAUAAUGUUUAUUCGGGUGCAAUGCCACUGCAGCAUUGGCUUCAACCCUCUUCCGGACGGCUCGCACCUCAAUCUGGCAUUCUAAAGGGAGCACAAAAGCCUCCAACCACAGAUUCUCUUCAGCCUAAUGAUCCGGUCUCUUUAACAAAUGCAUAUAGCCAUCCUCCGUAUAACGCUACUAAAGCUCAAAUUUCCCAAUGGAGUUUUGGCCAGUUGAUUGCUGAUUCUCUCAACCCAUCCAUCUCUUCCGCAGAAGCAGAAGAGUACGAACGCUAUGUCAACCACCCACUCAAGGUGCCGUUGGUUGUGACAUCGGAGGCGUCCCCAACGGCUACCUCGUUGGCAGAAAGGAGUUCUAAUCUGGACCUUUUUGAAUACGCAAAUAGGAGCAAUCUAGAAAAUGCGAGUUUAAAUACAAUCGCUGAGAGUAGCAUGGCGGAUUACACAGACUUCUUAACUGUUGGAGAUGAAGGGCUAACCGUUAACAAGGAUGACUAUGACAAAAAGCGUUAUAAGCGCUAUAGACAAUGGCUGAGGGGAAAGAGUUUGUUCAAACAAGGUGUUGAGGUGUGA